AGCCCCCUUGUGGAAGCAACAUUUUUUGUUUUAACUUUUAAGCAUGUGUAUGGUUCAAAAUCUUUAUUGUAAUAUUAAAUUGUGGUGAUUUCCCUAUUAACUACUAUAAAUUAUAAACAUGGUGUGUUCGCUGAAUUGUACUAUCACAAACGCGCAAUCUUGCCAAUUUGUCAGAAAGUUUAAAAGUUGAUGAAACGAUUGAAACGUUCUGGGGCUAGCCGAUGUUGGGUUUUUAAAAUUUACACACUAAAAUAUUGUUGUUUAAAUCAAAAGGAUCUUGUUACACGUUUACUGUAAACUUCGUAUUUUUGAAGGUGAAAUAAAUUGCGCUAAAUGGUAUUUUCCACUCGUCACUUACUUAAAGCCUUGUUGCCCAUAAAUUCAGGUACACAGCAAUUAUAGUCCGUCGAACAUCUUUUGGAAUAACUCGAUUCUCAGUCCGCAUGAUGGUGUCUGAUCCAAUAAUUAAUCAGAAGCAUCCACUUUCAGAGGAUGAUGAGAACAUUGCUACUAAAAAACUAUGCAUAGAACCCAGAAUAAAAAGAAAAAAAUGUGCCAUAUUAUUGGCGUACUCUGGACAAGGAUAUUUGGGUUUACAGAGAAAUAAAGGGACAAAAACCGUUGAAGAAGAAUUGUUGCUUGCAUUAAAAUCAAAAAAUUUAAUUACUGAUGAAGGGUUUGACCAAAUUCAAACCAUGCAUUUUCAGCGUGCUGCUAGAACUGACAAAGGAGUAUCUGCUUUGCGACAAAUAAUUUCCCUUUUAUUACCUGAAGAUGUUGAUAAAGAAGUUAUUAAUUCAGCUUUACCCGAGCAAAUCAGAGUUCUAGAUAUCAGGAGGACAACCAAAGGUUUCAACAGUAAAAAUUCUUGUGAUGGACGAACAUAUUCAUACACAUGUCCAACUUUUGCUUUUGCACCAGCCGAAGCUACCAUUGAUUUUAAUUAUCGAAUUGAUGCCACUGUUAUUGAUAGAAUAAAUGAAAUUGUUAAGAGUUUCUUAGGAUGCCACAAUUAUCAUAAUUAUACUUCUAAAAAAAAACCGGGCGAUCCAAGUUCACAAAGAUACAUGGUUAGUUUUUACUGUGAUAAACCAUAUGAAAAAGAUGGUGUUGAAUUAAUAUCAUUGUAUGUUAGAGGACAAAGUUUUAUGCUUCAUCAGAUUCGUAAAAUGGUCGGUGUUAUUAUUGCUAUUUGCCGAGGUGUAGCCAAGCAUGAUGUGAUAGAACGUUCAUGGCAACCUGAUCGUCUUGAUUUGCCUAUUGCUCCAGGCUUAGGCUUAGUACUAGAAGAAGUGCAUUAUGAUAAAUAUAAUGGAAAAUUUGGUAAUGAUGGUAUGCAUGAUCGUUUAGAUUUUGUUGAACUUAAUGAUCAAGUAUCUGAAUUUAGAGCUAAAUAUAUACUACCAACCAUUAUCAAAGUAGAAAAAGAAGAGAGCUCUAUGAAAUUAUGGCUUGAACAGUUACCAUUACACACAUUUGAAGUACGUACAGAACACCGCCACAUGCGAAGAGAUGUUAAUGAGAUAAAUAGUCCAGGAUUAGCAUCUUUACAGGCGGCAGCUGAAUUAAUUGAAAAAGAGGAACAGCAUGCUAUUGAUACAAAUAAAGAAGUACCACCUGAUAAUCUUUCAACGCUUGCAGAUGCUGCUCAAGCAAUGAGUUCAGAAAAAAAAUAAUUUUUGAAUCAAAUUGAAAAAGGAGUGAACUACAUUAAUACUAGUAUAGAUUUUAAUAUUUAUUUAUAAAUAUUUUAUUAAUAAAUGGGAGCAUCUGGUUUGAACAAAAAAAAAAAAAACAAUUGAACUAUAUGUCAAACUAUUAAUAAUAAUAAAAAAAAAUUAAAAAAAUAACAUCUAAUUAUUUAAUUAUUGUUCUAUUAAGUUUUAUAUGGUUAACCAUUAGAUCAUAUACAUAUAUGAUCCAAGGGCUGAACAAAUAAAAUUAAAAUUGAAUAUUACUUUUGGAUAAAUAGUAUCAGUAAUUGAUAAUUUAAAACAAACAUUUAAUAAGAUUAGCAUAUUAAUUAAAGUUAGGUAGUGUAACAUAGUAUUUAAUUAAUUGUGAUGAUAAUUGACUGACAGUUGCAGUCUGAAAACAGUAUUUUCCUAAUUUGAUACUAGUACUCAUUUAAAAGCCAAAGAUAUUGAUUUGGUAUUUUUUCACGCUUCCAUUUUGUUUUUUUGGCUAUUGAGCCUAUUGUGUGUAUCUACUAUUUGAUUUAUGUUAACAGAAGAAUCAUCUAAAUAACCAAGUUCCAGAAUUUUAGAAUGGAAUUAUUGAUUUGUAAAUGUAAGUGUGUUGAUCUGAAUUUCUUUUAAAUCUUGAAUAUUAUUUUUGAGUUUAUAUUUAGGCACAUUUUUAAAUGUAGAUACAAUUUAUUUUUCAAUGGUUCUACUGGUUUUCUUGUGGACUAGUCC